CCAUGUCCACAUUGGAGUCCGACUUCCUGUUGGACAGGACAACUCCUCAUCAAUAACAGCAUCGGCGAUUUGACGUUAGUUAGUUGACCACUUUGCUCGUGAUAUGCUAAUGUUUACGUUAGCUAGUUAGCAUGCGCUUAAUGACAGCUUUUAAUACCCGAAGAAGACAUCGACGGCUCUUAAAACAGACUGGGUUAGCUUCGGUGGUUACCAGAGAGUCCAUAAACGCAGUGUGGUGUUUUUUUUCUGUCUCAGACGUCGCUGUCAGAGCUCAAGUAACUAAACAGCUGUAGCUAACAGUCAAAGAUUGACCCAAAGUCUUGAUAGUACCAGUACUCUGCUCCAUGUAAGGUCCUGGGAUUGAAUGGACAAAGCUUCAACUUGCUCAUGCUAACACUUCACAGAAGAGCUAAUCAUUCCUCCUCAAUCUGCUGGAUGUUCAGGGCCCCUCAAAUCCUGACCUGGUCCUGUCCAACCAGGUCAUGGCUGCUGUUGAGAGCGUAUCCCCUGGCUGCGCUCUCUGAGCACACUGGUGCUGUGUGCCAGCGUGCAAGACAUGUGAGCGGAAACCGGUGUGAAGGGAUUCCUGGAGGAGUGCGAAGCGAAGAGGGGUUAUCAUCGUUAUCCAAGGAGACUGUAUCCAAUUCAAUCCAGCCACGUGUAUUCAACUGGGAGGGUGAUAAUCAUCAUCUGAGAGAGGUUUCAUAUCAUGACUCUGUAGCCAAAACAAUUGUAUCCAGUCGUCAUCAGACUUCUCAACUUUCUACCUCAACCAAACCAGUUCCUGAUUCAUGGAAAUCCACUGUGCUGAACGUUUCAGGUCAGAACCCUCAAGCUGUGAGCCCUCACCAGGGCUGUUUGACCAACACACGCUGCCUUCUACCCUGGAGGAGGCCUCUGGACUUUUUCCAUGUUUCACUCAGUUUCACCAACAAGGCUCAAUGUAACCCACAUAGCCAUAUAUAUCACAGGCGGCACGUAGCCAGCUUAUCAGCUCUUACAUCACAGAUCUUGAACCACUUUCACAGAAGAUCCCGAGCCACCAGCCACUUUCUACAGCAAAGCCAUGGUAUUCAUCAGGCUUCCCCUCAUUUGGUGGAUGACUGGAGAGACUGUCUAUCCCCGGAGAAUGAGAACAGGUGUCGACAGAGUCUUAGGGCCAACCUGAAGCUCUAUGACACAGCAAGAUGGAGCAAAGCAGCAAGUCAGAGCAAAGGAGAGAAGCAGUUGAAAUAUGCAUCUGUCCUGGUCACGCUCUGCACUGUUGAGGGGCAGCCGUCGUUUCUCUUCACCCUGCGCUCCCUAAAACUGGGCAGGAACAAGGGAGACGUCAGCUUUGCAGGAGGAAAGAGUGAUCCAUCAGAUAGAGACGUGGUGGCCACAGCGCUGAGGGAAACCUGGGAGGAGCUGGGUGUUAAUGUUGCAGCAGACAGGGUCUGGGGUGUCCUGAAGCCUCUCAGGGACAAUACGGGGAUGAUGAUUGUUCCUGUGCUGGCUAACCUCGGGCCUGUAGAGGAGUUGUCGUUCAAACCAAACCCUGAAGAGGUGGAGGAAAUCUUCACUUUGCCCCUGUCCCACUUGUGUAACCCCAGGAACUGUGGCUACACCCACUUUCGCUCUGGUGACAAGUAUGGAUACACACUCCCAGUGUUUCAGAAUGACAAAAAGCGAGUGUGGGGUUUGACUGCCAUUGCUUUAGACCAAACCCUGAAAAUGAUUGUUCCUCCUUAACAGCUCUUUCACUGUUACUUUGCAGUUUAGAUGUCUAUAGCACAAACUAUCUGACUCAAAGAUGUGAUUAUGAGAAACGUGCAAUCAAACAUUGUGUAGCAGAACCAUGUCAGGAAUCAAUGUGAAUACUGUCUGUAUUUAUUUUGAACUAUAUCAAUUAUUCUCUUUAAAUGAGUGUCUUCUCUACUGUUCAAAACACUGCUAUAGUUUAGCCACUUCAGAAGAUAAAUCCUUUAGGUGCCUCCAUAUUUUAUAUCUAUAGACCAAUGUCCAAUCUACCAUUCUUAAAUAAGCUUGGAGAAGCUUUCUGUUUCAGUUAAAUUAGGUUUUCAGACCAAUCAUGGCACUGAAACAGCAACUUACAAUCAAUUCCUCAAAUGGUGACAGUUGCAUUACAGCUCCAACCGUUUCCAUUCCCACACUCUACUUUCUGGUCUGCCUGACAAGAACAUAUCUCACCUACAACUUUAAUACUCUGCUGCUCGUGUGUUAUGCAAGGACAAUAAGAGAGCACACAUUGCACCAGUUCUUAGGUCCCUGCGUUGGCUACUUCGUCUGCUUCCAUAUUUAUUUAUUUUUUAAGAUCACUCUACUGGUUUAUACAUUUCUCAAUGCCUUUUAUUCUAUGUACCUUAAUGGCCUUUUUAAUUCUACUCAGUCAGAAAAGAAACCCAUGAUGAAACAACGUUUUAUUACUUCAGCCAAAAGACCCCAAUGCAGCAGAGAAUGUGGAUACUUUUAAAAGCAAAUUCAAGGUUUGGAUGAGGUCUUCUUUCUAUUGCUGUUCUUCUGUAAAACACUUAGUGUUAUUUUAUGAAAAAUGCUUUACAUAUUUCAGCAUUAUUAUUUAAUAGUAUUAAGUAUGAUAGUGGUAUAAUUUAUAUAAAAUAUAAAUUGUCAAUGCUCAUAAAUUCUAAAUUUGUUCACCUUUUUAGAUCUCGGUUUCUUCCAGUUACCAAUUAUGUGGGUUUUUAACUUGAAUAACCUUUUCCAUACAAGUUUCAAAUGAGGUUUGCAUUUAAUUGUACUGUAGUUCAUGAUUUGACUCAACUCAUGUCUGUGUCAUAUUGCAUCACUCAACAUAUCAGGUCUGGACUGUUAUGAGCACUGAAAUGAUUGAGGCACAUACUAAUGUGCUCUGUUGAAGAACGAUGCAAUAAAGGUAUUCUGUAUUCAA